AUGAAGCCCAUCGACGUUCUCUCUAAUAGCGUUCCGUUCCUACCUUACAUUUGGGCCCCUCUGAAGCUCAUUCUUCAAAUAUCCCAAGACCACACUCAUGCUUUGGAUCAGAUUCUCUCUGCUUAUAGCCGCAUCGGAGCCUCGCUUCCGCAUUUCUCUCGAUACGGUGAUAUAUUCCCCGACAGCCACGACUUCCAGCAACUAUUAGGCCACAUUUACGAGGACAUCAUUAACUUCCACUGCCAUGCUUAUCGGCUAGAUCAGAAGCCAGCUAAAGAAUGGCGGCAAAAGCUUCUGGAGGAGGCUCAGGAUCGAGAAAAGAAAGAAGAGACCGACCAGUGCGAAGCUAUCAACAAGUGGCUUCAAAUCGUGGCUCCAAAAGAGCAGAGGAAAGCCAGGUCCUGGCAAAUCUAUCCUAUGUUCGCAGCUCAUCUACUUUCUCAGAUCGAACCCUAA